AUGACGAACGGCGUGCGACGGCUCGGUGACCUCCCGUUGGCUACUGUCUUCUCCACAUCGGGCCACGAGCUCGGGCCAAAUCUCGGCGCCAUCCUCUUCGUCGACCCCGAGGAGAAUGCCAUCGUGCCGAUCUUCAUCGUCAACAUUAGACACACAAGCAUCAAGACGCAAAAGGACUUCGACAAGAAGCUCGCUGAGGGAUGGAAAGUCGAUGAUUACGCUCGCCCGCUGCCCGUCGAACGGGCGGUGACGGAGAAAAAGGAAGCGAAGGAAGCGAAGGAAGCGACGGAAGCGAAGGAAGCGAAGGAAGCGAAGGAACCGAAGGAAGAGGGCAAGAAA